CGAUCGAUCGUGCGUACAAAACAAAUGGAAACCCAGAAUUCCAGUGACCAGAAAAGUUACAGUUGGUGGUGUACUGAACUAGAUAAAUUACUUGGGAGUUGGAACCCAUUUUUCUCCUUUUGAUUAUCUCUUCAACAAAAAUGGUUUUCUUUGCUAAAAACAAGUAUCUCUCUUAUCACCACGUUCAUCUUCGUUUACAGUUUCAUCAUCCCUGUAGCCUUCUGUGUCCCUUUCAUAGUUCUGCACGUUGUGGGAUGUGAGCAAGAGUGUGAAGAUAAGAUCUUGGCCCAGGUGUGUCUGUGACUGUGAGGCAGCAGAUUACUUCUUUCCCACAAACCAAAGCAUUGGCGAUAAAUGCACUAAUCGAGGACUCACACAUUUCACUGAAUUUCUAAGCAAUUGGUCUGGUUCUGAAGGAUAUUGCAUAGAAAUUGGAAAUGGAUCAUGGGAUUCUUGGACCAUGCCCCUUCUCGAGCAGACAGAAAUUGCUUGUAAGCAGGUGGUUACGCUGUUCGGUGAAGAAAAUUGAUGAAUUAAGUGACGGCUACAAUAUAGUUGGACUUUCUCAGGGUAACCUGAUUGGACGUGGGUUAAUUGAAUUGUGCGAUGGAGGACCUCCGGUUAAGAAUUUCGUAUCACUUGGAGGUCCUCAUGCGGGCACUGCUUCGGUUCCAUUUUGUGGGCAGUCUGGGUUGAUUUGCUUACUCGUGGACACAUUGAUAAAGUUAGAGAUCUAUAGCAACUAUGUUCAGGAACACUUAGCUCCAAGUGGUUAUCUUAAAAUUCCAACAGAUAUUUCAAACUAUAUCGAAGGGUGCAAGUUUCUACCGAAGCUUAAUAAUGAAGUCGUUUCAGAGAGAAAUUCCACUUAUAAGGAACGGCUUGCUGGCAUUGAGAAUUUAGUGCUUAUCAUGUUCGAGCAGGAUACGAUUUUAAUACCUAAGGAAACCUCCUGGUUUGGGUAUUAUCCAGAUGGAGCCUUUAAUCCUGUUUUAACUGUAAAAGAGACGAAGCUCUACAAAGAGAAUUGGAUUGGUUUGAGAACCCUGGACGAAGCUGGGAAAGUUAAAUUCAUAAACGUCACGGGGAAUCAUCUCGAUAUCUCUAAAGGCGAUAUGAAGAAGUAUGUUGUACCUUACUUGGCAGAUCAAGCACCAGCACCCUCAACCCAGUCAAUGGCAACGACAUCAUCUUCAUCCUACCGAUCACUUUCAUAUAUCUGGAGCCUUCUCACCAAGCUCACUGAUCUCACAGGGGAUCAACCUUGGUUUCAUGUUGUGUACUGAAUUAAGUACCAAUACUGCUGUGCAUUCAAAAGAAAGAGCGUAACCGUAUUUUCUCAAUUUGUUGUGCCAUUUUUCAUGACGGAUCUUCACACGGCGAAUAUACAAUAUGUGAGAACAUUGGCUUCGCGGCCAUGGCGUUAAUGUAUGAGAGUGUUUUGUUAGGCUUC